CUUACCAGAAAUUUGCAUUCCUUUUUAGUCUAGUUUGUCUCUCGAUACCAUUUGGCGACUUUUAAUUGUGUUUCACUUCUCAAUGAGAGGAAGUGGUUAUAUGUUUCCUGCCCCUCCUCCAGCACAACACACACACUUUGCCCGCUGAAGUAAACGCAGAGCUCGGAGGGGAAAGCAGAGCACAAGCGAGCUGCGAAAAAAUAAAAUGGCGAUCACGCAGGAUGUAUGCUUACCCUCGUAGAUGCUGCAAACGCGUUGAAUUUCUUUAGCCUUACAAUCGGCUUUCCUUUCCACUUUGUUGCACUUUAUUCUUCAAAGAGAGAUUUGGAAUCGAAAGCUGUUGCCACCAAAGAAACUGAAGCAUCUUAACAGGGAACGCACCCAUAGAGGGAAGAACAGUGGAUGGAAGAGAGAGAGAGAGACGGCUGGUUUGAAAAGGAAGGAAUCCAGUAAGAUACAGGACUGGACAAAAGUGCCACAGCAUACCUGGUCAAGACAGAGACCCUAAUCAAAACCGCAUUCCCCUCCCCAUCCAUAUACCCCCACCCCCCCCACAUACACACAGUCCCCAGCAAUGCCAAGGGGGGCUGAUCGGCCUGCUGCCUGCUCUGACAAGCUCUGCCUCAUCACCUCACACCCUUGAAACUGUGCUUAACCAAUCUUUGACCACUGACCUCCCCGUUGUCGACCUGGAAACCAAAGGUCGCCUGUUCUCCGCUGAAGUCGGGGACGCCCUCUUGUCCUGCCAGGAGCUGCAGCCACCAGUGACUUUCAAAGGUAAACGGCAUGGCUCCCAUUCGGGAUUCCGUCAGCCAUUCCCCUAAUCAAACAGGUUUGGAGCAUCCUGGCUUGGAUUCGCAGUAUGAGCCCUCCCCCUGGUCCACUAGCUCCCCGUGCAGCAGCGACAGUAACAGCAACUGGGGCAAAGUCCUAGUUGACGGACGUUCUGACAAAUCCAAUAACACUUGUUCACCCAGCUCCUCUGUCUGGCCUCCCUCCUCCUCUUCAUUUUCUUGCUCCUCAUCUUCCUCUGGCUGUGGUUCAGGGUCAGAUCCAGAAUUGGCAUCAGAAUGCAUGGAUGCAGAUUCUAGCUCUUCAGUUGGUUCAGAGAAGAACCUUGGCCUUGCUGCAGCUACAGUGAUGAUGAUGUCAGCCAACACUUCUUCCUCCGUGUCCUCUACAGCUUCUUCCCCCUCCUUUCUGACAUCCACCAGGAUGGUUGGUGUGAAUGCAGAUGGCAACAUUUGUCAGCUUGGAGGCAUAGGAACCUUAAGCAAUGCAAAUAAUGAAAAUAUCACCAGGUCUUCACACUACUCCAUGGCUGGGUCCAGCAGUAUUGGCAGCAAUAAUAUGAGUAACCACAACAACAAGCUAGUUGGCAGCAGUGGUGUAUGGGGCUCCCAGUCAGGCAACAACAUGAACACCAUUGGUGGAAGCAACUCUUAUAUAAAUGAAGGGUCAAACCCAAACAUUUUAAACCCAAAUGCCAACCAUGGUGCCUGGCCAGAGAAUCCAACCCUAAACCUGUUGUGCCAAGGCCAAAGGCCUUCGCAGGCUCAGGGGAUGACUUCCAAAUUGGGUGUGGUUCCUCAACAGGGGCCCUUAAUGGGCUGGGGUGGCAUGGCAGCUCCAGACAGCAGCAGUAUGAUGGAAGACACUGAGGUGAACAAUGGUACAUCGAGCAGCAAGGUGUUAGGAGGCAGCAACAGUGGAAAUGGUAGUCUGCAGCCUACCAACCUUAACACUGAACCCAAUGGACCAAAUAACACUAUCAUGAUGAAUACUACUACUACUAACACCACAAUGACCUCUAUUCCACCAGACUCUACCGCCUCACCCCUACUCAGCGAGGAUCGCUCCUGGGGCUCCAUUGGAGGAGGAAAUGGAGUGCCACAGGCCAAUGGAAACCCCUCAUUAGCUCCCCAGAACCCUCAAGAAGAAUCACUACUGGGUACUGGGGCUUUUGGUACGCCUUGGGGUGCAGCUACCUAUCCUGUAGACAAAGCCCCCCUUAAUGUAGACACUGUGAACCCCCAGAUCUCCUCUAGUGCUGCUUUUAAGAGUAAUAAUAACCACAAUAACACUGGGGCCCAACGGUGGGACCAAGGGCCCACCAAUACCCCAAACCAGCCUCAAAGUAAUUUGUCCUGGAGUGUUGGCUCUAAUCAAAUCCCAGGCCCUAUAGGCCAAGCGCCAGGAAAUGGAAAUCAAACUACUAUGGGCCCUCCAGCAGGGAUUCCUCACCCCUGGGGGAGCAGCGCAUCCUCUUCUUCCUCGUCAUCGUCUUCUUCCACCUCUAACAGCAAGAUGUCAAAUGGAGAGUGGGGAUCAGCAACUACUGGUAACAACAGUACAGAUGCAGGAAUUCAGAAAAGAAGUUCUCCCAACAAUGGGUGGAAAAGCCUUGAGGACGAUGCCAUGGGGAUGGGAGGAGCAGGCGGUGGAAGUCAUGGCCUAGGAGGCGUCACUGGAGGCCGGGGCCGCUCCGGAAGAAGUGAAGGAAGUUGCGAAAGCUCUGGUGGUCGAUCCAGUUCAGACAGAGACAUCAACCAGCCUAGAGGAGGAAACCGCAGGAAAGUUAACCAUACCACGUCAAUAAUAUCAGCCUCAACUCAGGCCGAUGUAGACCCAAGGGUUCUUUCCAACACUGGAUGGGGACAAACGCCCAUACGGCAGAACACCGCUUGGGAUGUCAAUUCUCCUAUAAAUAAUCAGGGUCCUAAAGGGGAUGACAGAAAGCAAAGCAGCAGAGGUUCCAACUGGGGCGCAGUAACAACGGCAGCUCCCUCCCAGACCUCUGGAGGUUGGGGAGUUGGGCCAAGCAGCUCAGGCCCUGAUAGUGGAGGUUCUGGCUGGGGAGAUCAGAAACAAACAUCCGGUUGGGACAGUAAAGGAGGAAGUGGCUGGGAUGAUGGAUCCAGUUACAAGGGUGGUAACAGCAGUAACACCUGGAACAACAACGUUAAAGAUGACAGGUCAAUGACAUGGACUAAUACACCCAAAAUGCAGCAUGGCUGGGGGACAAAUAGUGGAAACGGUAGUGAAGGAUGGGGCAGCAGUGACUGUACCAGAACAGGAGUCAGCAACCACUGUGGGGAACCUCAGAAAGGUGCCGGCUCAGUGGGCUGGGACAGCGACCGGUCCGGCUCUGGAUGUUGGAGUGAGCCGAGCCGAACCACCAACACCAGCAGCAGCAACACCUGGGUAGGCAGUGGAGGAUCAAAUACUCCUGACCAGAGCACUCCAAACCCUGGCUCCAACUGGGGAGACUCUGUACACAAACCCAACCCUCAAAGUAGCAGUCAAGGCUGGGGUGAGCCGGGGAAGAACAACCAUGGAGCUCAGAAUUGGGGGGAAUCCAACACUAAACCUUCUAAUGAAUGGGUUAAAGGUCCUGAAUCCAACAUAUCCAGGGGAAAUCCAGGUUCCAGCAAAUCCACAGGCUGGCUUGGAGGCCCAAUGCCUCCAGUAGGACUGAAGGAGGAAGUUGCAACUGGGUGGGAGGAGCCUUCUCCUGAGUCCAUCCGUCGGAGGAUGGAAAUCGAUGAUGGAACUGCAGCUUGGGGAGAUCCUGGUAAAUACAGCGGAGGCUCUGUCAAUAUGUGGAACAGGACGACACAGUCAGACCAGGAAGCCAUGGGCCCACCCUCUCAGAAUAAACCCCACCCUGCACACAACUCCAUGCCGCCUGUGCAGCAUCACAACCAAGACAAAACCUCUGGUUCAGGUUGGGGUGAGUCCUAUUCCAAGCAAAAGGAUUCUUCCUCCUGGGGGGAGCCUUCAGCUGGUCCACCUGUGACAGUGGACAAUGGGACAUCUGCCUGGGGGAAGCCCGUGGACACCUGCACUGGCUGGGAUGGACCAAGCAAGGACGUCAGAGAGUCUGGGUCAGGAUGGGGCAGCCAGCAUAAGUCUGGUCCUAAGCCCAUGGAGACGUGGGGUAGAGAGGACGUGUCCAAGGGCAACAGGUGGGAUCAGGAAGAGGAGGUAGAGAUUGGGAUGUGGAGCAACAACCAACAAGACAACAGAUCUCAUGACCAGAACACUUGGAACUACAAGCAAAAAGGUCCCAACAAGAUGAACAAACCAGUCAACAAACAAGACAAUCCUUGGAUGAAACCUUUCAUCAACCAGUUCAACAGCAUGUCCUUCUCUAGAGACUCUCCUGAUGAUUCUAUGAAGCCAGGAGCCGGCAUGGGGACGGACAAACGGAUGGACAUGAGCAGUAUGGGAGACUACAAUGGAGUCAUGGGGAAGAACCCGAUUUCUCGACACCAUGUCGUUGAGCGUCCUUACUUUGACAAGCUUUCUGCUUAUGAUAGCCCUGCUUCUGAUGAGUUCUCCUCCAAUCAAAGCAUGAGCCUUUCCUCUAGCAAUUCUGCUCAGCCUAUCCCCUGUUUCAACUCUGGACCAUUCCCUUCCCACUCUAGUUCUGGGGCUGCUCCGCAGAAUGUAAACCCAAUGUCGGGUGGCAGCAGCGUAGCACAGGGCCGAGGAGGCCCCCAGUCCCAACCUCAGCCCAAUCUUCGCAACCAAGUGCCUCCAACCAUCUUGCCCUCUCAGGUCCCUCCAUCUUUGUUGAAGUACCCAGGAGCUAAUGGUGGUUUGAACCCUCUGUUUGGUCAGCAGGUGGCUGUCCUCAACCAACUCUCCCAGCUCAACCAGAUACAGCGUCUUCUCCUUCAGCAUCAGCAACAGCAAAAAGUUCAAAGCCAGAGAGCCAUGCCUGUGGGUCGUCCGACUGAGCAGACGCGUCCUAUUGGUUCGUCUCCAUCAAUGAUGCAACCACCGAAGCACCUGGAUCCCUCCCUGUUGAAGCAGGCCUCGCAACUCAAAACAUACCCUGAUAGCUACUUGUCCCAAAAUACCCCUGACCUGCAGAAGGAUGCUUCCGCUAUCGGAUCCUUCAGCAACUUCUCAUUUGGCUUGAACUCUAAUCAGAAUGUAACCCUGGACAUGGGUGUUGGGGGUGGAAGUACUGGUGGAGGAGCUGUGAGCUACAAAGAGCCACCCCAGUCCAGACUGAAGAAACUUUGGGCUGCUGACACCCUGGAGCAGAACAGCAAACCUGGUGCUAUGUCGUCUGGACUCCGUCUGGACGACUCUCCCUUCUAUGAUUUCCUGUCUCCUGGCCCGUCACCCCUGAGUCCUCCUGGUCAAUCAAUGGGCUCAGUGGGUGAUGGCUGGCCACCCCAUGCCAACUCCCCCCCUCCCCAUGGAAAUACUGUCACUUGGCCCCCAGAGUUCCGGCCCGGGGAGCCUUGGAAAGGUUACCCCAACAUCGACCCUGAGACUGACCCUUAUGUGACCCCUGGUAGUGUCAUCAACAACCUUUCCAUCAACACCGUCCGCGACACAGACCUCCUUGGGGACAGGAACAUCGGGCCAUCCUCAUCACUGAACACCACGAUGCCUUCUAACAGUGCCUGGUCAUCCAUUCGUGCCUCCAGCCACAGCGGUUCCCUCACCAGUACAGCACAAAGCACUUCAGCUAGACCCAGUGAGUCAAAGUGGUCUCCUGGCGGCGGGUCUGUGUCCAACUCCUCUUUAGCCCAUGAGCUUUGGAAGGUCCCCCUGUCUUCUAAACCGCUGCCAGUAGCAGCCCCCUCCAGACCACCACCUGGCCUCACUAGCCAGAAGCCCAGCCCUGCCUCCUCUGACUGGGAUGGCUCUGCCCUGAGGCUUGGGGGCUGGACCUCUACUGAGUCUAGAUACACACCUGGCUCCAGUUGGGGUGACAGCAGCAGCUCAGGGAGAACCCAAUGGCUUGUUCUGAAAAAUCUCACUCCUCAGAUUGACGGCUCCACAUUGAGGACUCUGUGCAUGCAGCAUGGCCCUCUGAUCACAUUCCACCUCAACCUGCCACAUGGAAACGCCGUGGUUUGCUACAGCUCAAAGGAUGAAGCCGCCAAGGCCCAGAAGAGCCUGCACAUGUGUGUUUUGGGGAACACUACUAUACUGGCUGAGUUUGCCAGCGAGGAGGAAAUUAGCCGCUUCUUUGCACAAGGGCAGUCAUUGGCCACUCCUUCCUCUGGCUGGCAGGCCAUUGGUUCUUCUCAAAGCAGAAUGGAUCAGUCUCACCCCUUUCCCAGCCGCGCUUCUGAACCGAACCAGUGGAAAAGCGGCGACCUGCACAGAUCUUCUCUCUGGGGCGGGCCCAACUAUUCCAGUAGCCUGUGGGGAAACCCUGGCGGCAGUGAGCCAGGGAGGCUCAGCAGCCCCUCUUCAAUCAGCUCCUUCCUCCCAGUGGAUCACCUGACGGGGGCCGGAGGCUCCAUGUGAACUUCCUGUGUGUCAGACAGGCUGGAAGAAGGGUCAGUAGAGAAUUAUCAAUAAUCAGCUAAAGAAAAUGGAAAGUAAACAGUUAGAAAUGCAAUGGCACUAGUUGGACUCUUUCUCACUUACAAGAUAUUCAACAAAACGGGGUCUCCCCUGUGGAAUACAAGUUACGUUUCUCUUUCUGCACAUAUGUCCACUUUGUUUUAGCCCAAAAACAUAUCAGUCGGAAUACUUGAAUAAUGCAGGCCAAUUCUAUAAUGUGAACGGAUGGAUAUUUGCUUCCAGGUAGUGCUCUUUCAGACCGAAAAAAGCUUCAGUCAAGUUCAUUAUUAUUAUUAUUAUAUAUAUUUUGUUUCAUUCAUCAUGUUUAUUUGAAUUCCAACUCGUUUAUUUUCAACAAUUUCAUUUCAUUUCAUUUAGUUUUUUUUUUUUUUUUUUUUUGCAUUUUGUUUGCUGACAAUGUUGGAGAAUGAGCUUUUUUUUAACUUUGCACUGAAUGUGGUUUUUUUCUCAGUAUAUAUAAUCUGCAAUAUAGAGGGAGCAGCCAGUUUUUCCAGUGUAGCUGUUUACUCAUUGAGGUCCUUAUCGUACGUGUGUGCGCGCGCACGAGUACUUUGUGUGUAUAUGAUUGCAUUGUGAAUGAGUAUGUGUGCGCUCCUCUCUGCCUUGGCACGCCUACCUUACUGCGUUGUUGUGGAGUUCAAGAUCAACAGAUAGUUAAAAGAAUAAAACCUGACUUAGGAUGAUUAUCUGGUGAUAGAAAAAGUGACAUUUAAAAAGUAUUGCACCAAUUUUUGUUUUAAAACUAAAGAAAGUUGAGCUCUGCAGUGCAAAGGACUGUAGCCGCAGCUGGGACUAGCAAGCCCCUCCCGCUCCAAGAAAGUGGGCGGGGCCAAUCUAGCAAGCCCUCCCUGUUGCCCCCUAGCGGGGCAGGGAGGGAACAGCACUUUCAGAAUAGGCUUUCAAUGUUUUUGGAGGUGCCACACUGCAACCUCUUGUUUACAAGACUUAGGAGGCAGAACGUGUGUUCAUUCUUCAUUUUAAAGAGAAGAUAAACUAAAAUGAAAAUUACAAAAAAAAUUCAAAACCAAAAAAGUGUAUAUAAAAAUUAUAAAAAGAAAUAGAAAAAAAAACAACAACAAAAAAAACUCUUGAGGAUGAAGAUGUUGCGUUGUAACUCUGGGAAUUCGGAUCAGUGUUUUUUUUUUGGCCAUGGCGUUGGUUAUUUAAACUAUUCCUUUUGUCUCCUAAAUAACCUGCAAUGGUUCUCAGGAAAUCAAGCCAAUUCCCCCCUUGCCUAUUGUAGUUGAAUUUAAAACAAAAACAACAAAAAAACUACUACUCCUUGUAGGAAAGAAAAAUCCAACUUCUAGCACUGAAAACAAACUUUGUAAUGGUCUUUUUUUUUCUCUGCCAAAUAACUGCUUUAAAGCUGGAGAAGUUCACACACUGCUUUCAAUAUGCUGUCUUGUUUUGAGGGAGGUGGAGCAUUUUUCAGUAAAGGAAGUGGAAUGGACGGAGGAGAGACUGGAAAUUAUCCCAGCCCUCCCCCUCUCCCCCCUCCACUCCAUAGUUGUAAAAACUUUGGGGGACUGUUUUAAUCGUGAGUGUAAAAUGUUCUGUUUCGUCACUUUUAAAAACCAAGAGAAAAGGCAAGAUCUGUAUCUAUGCAUACUGUAGCCUCUCGCAUUCACAAGGCCUGCCGAGAGGUUUUCUUUUCAUUUUUGUUCCGUCUCUCAAAAAUGUUUAAAAGGUUUCAUUAAGUACGACUACAUGUUCUCUUUUUUUUUUUUUUUUUGGUUGUUUUUAAUCAUUGCCACAAAUGGUGUUUAAAAAAGAAAAACGUACACAUUUUGGUUGAAGAUAUUUUAACAGUGCAAAAGUCGUCCACAUUUCAUUGCCUUGAUCCUAAAUGUGUCCGAAGAUGCAACAAGUCAAGUGGCUUCUACCUGUUUACAAAUAGAAUAUGAUUGUAUUGUUGUACUGUUUUUAUUUGGUUUUUCUCUUCCCCUCCUUUGGGUCAGGGAAGGGUGGGGUACUCAUCUGAAGUUUCUGACGUCAUGAAUUUGUUUGUGUGUGAAAGAGAACAGUGUGAGUGUAAAUGUUGAUUAAAUAAAUACUUUGGUUAAUAUUAAAUUGACCUAUAUACCAGUGAUUGUUGAGUUACUACGAUGCACAAUGGAGCGCGACAAGCGAAAGCUUCAGAGCACGUUGGGCGAGAGAUCAGCAUUAGCGAAGCCAUGGACCUUAAUUUUCUUUUCUCGUGUCCUUUUUUUUUUCUUUUUUCCUCUUCCUGUGUUCAGCCUGUUAUGCGUGUGUGUUGGCGUGCACACAUUUAUUCCCCUCCCCCGACACCGAUAUAGGGUUUUUAAUUUAUUUCAGAAGUAAUACAAGCAUUGGCUUUGGUGCAUUUUUUUAUUUUCACCAUGAAUAUAUACAUAACAACUUUGAGGCGUAUGUAGUGAAUAAACCUUGAGUAUUAGCCAGACUUGACAGUGGUUUGUGUCAGUAUUGAACGCUCUCUACCAAAUAAUUCAGUCAUACAAAAUAUUAGUUUACCUAAUUCCACAUCUUUGCUUAAACUAUAUAUAUAUAUAUAUAAAAUAUAAAUAUAUAUCUUAUUUGUGUUUGCUUUUUGUCUUGAAGUUAUCAAAUGGAACAUCUGAACUGUUUUUGUUUUUUAAGUUAACUUAAGUUGACAGAUUAAACUGAGGAGCCUUGGAUUUUGCACUAGGGCGAAUUGGAGGAAAUGCCAGAGUCGGGGGUCAGACAUGUGGCGAGGAUUUAGUUUGGUGUCUUCAGGUGUUAAUCUAUUAACAGGGUAACUAUUGUGUGCGUGAGCUGCGACUAAAGAUGAUGCUGCCCAGUUUUUCCUUGCAAGAUUGUAGCUGAAACGGUUUUUUAAAAAAAAGGCUUAGCGAAGGUCCGGUUUGACUCCUCUGUCCCAUUCAGCGUCUUCAGCAAAGUCUCCUCUGCAUGGGAGAGAUCAACAUUUGCAGCUGCUCCUCGUGGUUGUUGGAUUGGGGGGGUUAAUGAGCAAGAAGGGUGUUCUGACCAUGUUUGGUGAUUAUGGCAGGAGAUGCUCCUGACUGAAAAUAGGUUUUCCUUUUAAGCUAAGCUCAGUUACAGGAGAGAGGAUCCAAAAACUGUCUGAAAAAGGAGCAAGUCAACCCGGAUCUGUCCAUAUUCACAUUCUGCUAGUUCAAAAUCACUUUGUUCAUUCUGAUUUUUAGCAAUGUCCCUUUUUUUUUUUUCAGCGCUGAUUUAAGGGUGGUUUUGUCCUACUUUAGUAUCCUUACCUUAAACGUUAGUGGGACGACAACUGAUCUCUGAUCAGCCCAGGAGGUAGCAUUGCUGCUCUGUUAGAGAAGGGACAAGCAAUGUCUGUAAAAUGCUUGAGUAACAAUGUUAUUUUUAUUCCCAGCAGAGUUGUGCUAUAUUUCUGUCUUGUUAAAUCCACUGUUGGUAUGUGUGAAGACGCAUGUAUGUGUGAGUGAUCUUAUCAUGCCAAAUCAAAGAGGGAGGGGAGUUAGGGAAGGAAAGGGAUUGACUUAUAGUUGUUUUUUUUUUUUAGCUGUACAUGUGCAUAUGUGUAUUUAAAAAGCUGGACAAUGUUUAAAUGCUUGAAGAAAAAAAAAAUACAUUUGCAAAAGGAUGAUGUGAGGAAAACCACCAUGAGCAAUGUACAAUCCCCAAAGCUGCCAAGCAGCUUCAUGACAGGGCCAGAAGAGGGGAGGGGAGAAGGAAGGAGAUUGGUGGGAGAGGAGGGAGGUUUGCUGGUGAUACUCUACUACUUUUUGAAUAUUUAAAGUACAAAUAAUGUGACUCGUGUUUCUCUUAACUAUCCUGUGACUAAAUGCUACAUUAUAUUAUAAUACACACCCAACAGCUCCUACAGUCUAUCAAAAGUGCUAAGGCUAUUUUUUAUAUAGAAGAAAAAAACCAAUAUAAAAACUGUGAGAAUCUGCUGUCUUUGUUUUACACUUAGUAUGACCACACAUGUAGAAACCCUGAAAAGCUUUAGUCUAACCAGCACAAAAAUAUGGGUGGGAUGGGUUUAGGGUGGCGGGUGGGUUUUCAGGGCGGGUGUUCCUCAGAGAGACUAUGCAGUGGAGCGUUAAACCCAGGCUUCCAUGUCCACCUUGGGUUUUAUUGUUUUUUCUUUAAAUUAUAUUUUAAAAAAAAACAUAAAAUCGAAUUUAAAAAAAUUCCCUAGCCCUUUGUAGAAAAGCAGCUGAGAUGGGAUUCCCAAUAACGUUCCUCAAACACGUGCCAUCUUUGAAUUGUACUGCUUCUAAUAUUGUAAAAAACAAAAAAAAGAAAAAAACCCUGAUAAACCUUUAUUACCUAGCAGGCGUCGGCCCAGUUGUAGCAGGAGAGGACAGGUUAAGAUUUGCAAAAGUCCAUUUAUUUUCCCAGCUUGGCCGGUGAAACUGCAAAUUUUACAAUGACCACAAGGCUUUUUAUAUAGAUUCUAUCAAUCCACAGUGUGUAGUUGGAUCACCUUUAAAACCUAUUAUGCACAUUGCUUUGGGGAGACUGUUGAAACUAUAUAUAAUAUAUAUGAAAAUAUAAUCGUACACAGUGUCUAUAAUCAUUGAGAGGACGCCAUCCUUUCCAACACCACGAACAGGAAGUACCUUGUUUUUCAUUUUCCAAAUGUCUUCCUCGGCUCAUCAAAGGAUUUUAACUUCUGUGGAAUCUGCACUUUUUGAAGGACAAUCUUUAAUUGUAUGGGUAUAAAUUGACAGAAAAAAAAAAACGAAGUCGCCUGAUAUUACAUGGUAUAGAAAACCAACUCCAGUGUGCUCUAAUAAUGAAUGUCUCCUCUAUAUGUUUGGGUUCAUUUAAUCUUUUUAUCCUCCUUCCUUUCUU